CCGCUGUCUUCGGAACCGGCAGAAAUGAGCAUCCUGGAAACCAACCAGUAUCUGCGCUCUGAACUGGAAAAGAGCAAACAAAACUUCCGCGACCUCACAGAGAAAUUCCUCAUGUCCAAAGCUACUGCUUACUCCCUGGCCAACCAACUGCAGAAAUACGAGUGUGACGAGUACAAAGCCCUCAUCGAGGCUGUGCUGGCAGAGAAAGUGCAGCCGGAGGCGGGGAAUCCAGGCGAGGGAACGCAGCCAGCAGAAGGUCUUGGGUCCUGUGAUCCCCUGAUUCAAGCUCAGGCUCAAGAACUGACUGAAUUACGCCAGAGGAUCCAGGAAGGUAAAGCCGUCUGUUAUCUUUUCACCCAGCACGUGAAGAACACAGUGCAGUCUUUUGAAGCCCUCCUCAGGUGCACUGACGUUGCGCAUAGCCGGGGACAGCGCUUCUGUGAGCACCUGGCCCAAGGAAGCCAGCUGGCAGAGAGCCUGGCCAGCAAACUCACCACUGGUCCCAAGGACCUCCUUCCACCCGCUGGGCCUAGCGAGGGCGCAUCUCCCAGACAGGGAAGCCGGAAGGAGGCGGCCUGUGGGAAGUCGGUGAGCGCUGCCCCUGGGGGCAACACUCCAAGCGCCCGGCCUGGCCAGGAGACCCGGGCUUUUCCCGCUCACCAGCCUUCCAGUCCAAGUACCCAGAGAGGACUGCCAGCCGGCUCCCUGGUGGUCUAG